AUGAACAUAUUCAAUUACAUAUUAACUGCUUACUCAAGUCCUCCAAUAAAAACAAAAAUAAAAAUGACCUCACACACACCAAGAAACCCUAGACGUAGAUAUACCUCCAGUGGAGAGAGUAUUUCUCUUUCUCAGGUUACAGCUGGCCGUGUUGGACGACAUGCAAUUGCCCCUCAGCCAGUACCUGCUUCCAGCAGUGAUGAGCGCCUGAAUCAGAUGUCCUUGGACUUAAAGGGCAUUAUCACGCAGCUUGCAUCGAUGGACUGCAAGGUAGGCAAGCUGAUGGAUGGCCAGAGAAGAAACAUUGGUGCUGCUGCUCGGCAGGAGAGUAUGCCAGCAAGCUUGCCAGCCCUUGCCCCUUCGUCUUCUCUCCCUGUACCAGCCAUGUCUGAGCAGGAAAUGAGCUCUGUGAUCUUGGAAAUUUCUGGUCCAGCAUGGUGGUAUCAAAAAUCCGAAAUAACUACAAGCAACACCAUUGCUCUGCUCACUCCACAAUGCAACAAGAUGCAACAAGACGGUGCAAUGCACGCGUUAACAGUUAUUCUUGCCUGUCAUACGCAUACGUACCUGACAAACUGGAGGUUGAUUGACAAUGAGAUGGGCCUUGAAGUUGGACUUCUUUCUGAGAUGUCAGAUAGUGAGUCUGACGUGGAAGACAUGAACGUUGCAACUGUACAUGUGCUUCGGAUUAAGUGUCCCAGCUGGAGAAGCAAUGAGAUAAACUAUUUUUGGUUAUGCACCGAUGAUAAAAUAAAGAUCUAA